CUUUCAUCUCGUUCGAGCGACUACUUUCAUCUGUAUCUCCUUUCGAGACUUUCUACGCAAUGGGUGGUGCAAGCAGAGAAGGCGGCAAGGCCAAACCCUUGAAGACCGCCAAGAAGGAGAAGAAGGACCUCGAUGAGGAUGAUCUGGCCUUCAAGGAGAGACAGAGAGCCGAGGCCAAGGCGAAGAAGGAAUUGUUGGAGAAGGCGAAAGGCAAAGGCCCGCUGAACACUGGCCAGCAGGGUAUCAAGAAAUCUGGAAAGAAAUAAACUGUCUUUCAAAUGAUCUGCGAAUCAUCGUUAUGAUAUACAACGAGCCAUGAUGAUCUACGACCGCACCUGUGGCGCGCAUCCAUGUUGGCAUUGAUAUGCAACUUUUAUUACCCGAGCAUAUUCACUUCUUGAGAGAUAAUCAUUUCAAAUCAACGCAUGUCCAUAAUAGUGAAAGAAGCGC